AUGUCUCGGCAGACUCCACGUGUAUCAGUAGAAGGAAGAAAGUUUAGCUCAGAGGUUUUUGCAUUAACUUAUGGAGCAUUGGUAGCGCAACUUUUAAAGGAUUAUGAAAACGAUGAUGACGUCAAUAAACAAUUGGAUAAAAUGGGUUACAGUAUGGGUGUUAGGAUGAUAGAAGAUUUUUUAGCUCGAAAUAAUAUUGGUAGAUGCCACGAUUUUCGUGAUACUGCCGAUAUCAUUGCCAAGAAUGGCUUCAAGACAUUCUUAGGCAUUACACCUAAUGUCACUAAUUGGAGUACAGAUGGGAAAGAGUUCUCUUUAAUCUUAGACAAUAAUCCGUUAACCGAAUUUGUCGAAUUACCUGAAAAUCAUUCUUCCUUAUCUUUUUCCAAUAUUUUAUGUGGGGCAUUAAGGGGUGCUUUAGAAAUGGUUCAGAUGGAAGUUGAAGUUUGGUUUGUCCAAGAUUCUUUGAAAGGCGACGAUACCACUGAGAUCAGGCUGAAAUUUAUUAAGAAACUAGAGGAUGCCUUACCCGAUGGAGAAGAUUAA